UAUCCCUGCAUAUUUCAUGGUUGUUGUAAACAGUUUUCCAGACGAUCGGAUUUAUCUCGUCAUCUUAGAAUUCAUACGGGCGAGCGACCGUUUCGAUGUCACUGGCCAGGCUGUAGUAAGCAAUUUAUUCAACGAUCUGCCUUGACUGUACACUCGAGAACACAUACAGGAGAAAGACCGCAUAGGUGUGAGGUGUCAUCGUGCAAGAAGGCAUUUAGCGAUUCUUCCUCUCUUGCUCGCCACAGAAGGACACAUACGGGAAAACGACCCUAUGGAUGUGAAUGUGGG